AUGAAUGAUAUCAUUCCAACAUCAAAUUCUGUCCUAAAUUGUUUACGUACGACGGAUUGUGAAUUUUGCUCUAUUUCACAACACUGUCAUAUAUAUAAUAGAUGCUGCUGUAAUGAAGAUCAACGGAAAACUGUUGAGUCCGAAUAUUUCGAUCCAUCAAUAUAUUAUAGUUGCAGCCUUGUUCAGAACAAAACAUAUUAUAUCUUUGAUCGCUGUCCAUCAAAUCACAGUGAUAUAAGUCAUGUGAACGGAUGUGAAUAUCCUACAAACAACGAUAGCCCGGACAAUAUGCCUGUGUUCGGUGAAACAAGUAAAAGACUCUACAGGAACCGAUAUUGUGCUCUGUGCCACUCGGAAAAAUAUAUAUUAUGGGAGAUAGUUUAUGACUGCAAUAAUACAGCAAAUAAAAACCCUGCCAAUAUAAUGAAUAUUAUUGAAAAUGGUAAAUGUCCCAAACGGAACGCUCCACCUGAUAAUUUAGAACCUUAUCUAGUCCCUUGCAUACCCAGUGUUACUAAAUGCUCGCUGCAUAUAUUAAAUAAAUCAUUAGGACAUCACUGUCAGCUUUCUAAAUAUACACAUAAUAUUACAGAGAUAAAGUGUACAUUGUCAAUGAAAUAUAUUAAACUCAACAUCAAAUGUUGCAAUAAUUCUUUGAGUUCUGCUAAACUACGGUCUUCGUUAACUAUCAUUUUUAAUUAUAAUGCCAAAUAUUUAAUCAUUAAAGAUGGUACUGGAACUAUAACGAAAUUGCCAUUUUGUCCAAAAUACACCAAUUACGAUAAAAACACAAUGCGUUGUCGCAAGAAUUUUUAUCACCCCAUCUUAAAUUGUACAGCGACCAGAUUGAAGGACUCUGAAUAUCAUAUCACUAGUGAUGGUCUUCUCUAUUUAAAUAUUACCCAACUUUGGCUCAAUCAAUCAGAAUUCAGUAUUGAUGAAGAUGGUUUAAGUAUCUGUGUAAAGAAUGAUAACAAUGGAAUAUCAAAAUAUUCCGAAAUUGAGAGCUAUAUCACAUUAGUAGGACUAGCAAUCUCUGUCCCAGCUCUAGCAAUCACUAUUAUAGUCUAUCUCUGUAUACCUGAUCUCCGUACCUUACCAGGUAAACUACUCAUUAGUCUUUUAUCAGCACUGUUUGUAGCUGAGCUUCUGUUUCUUAUCUCAUCACAAAUUACUACAUCUACAGUGCUGUGUAAAUCUUUAGCUGUUGUCAUGCAUUAUGCGUUUUUAGCGACUUUCUUCUGGACGAAUGUCAUGUCAUUUGAUGCCUGGAACACUUUCUCAAGGCUUACACAACUUCGGAGUUCAGAAAAUGAUACCAAGAAACUUGUAUUAUAUUCCUUAUAUGCUUGGGUCUGUCCACUGCUAAUAGUAACAGUGUCACUAAUAUUCGAGUACACACCUGGAAAUCAUGGACUUUCUCCAGAAUAUGGAAUUGGUAUUUGCUGGAUUACAAACGUGAACAGUUUGCUUUGGUUCUUGGCAAUCCCCGUUAUCAUUAUUUUAUGCAUUAAUAUUAUAGCGUACAGCUUCACUAUUAGAGAGUUGUACCUGACCAGCAAAUGUUCUUCAAAAUAUUUAUCAAAACGAAACAAAAAAGUGUUCUUUAUUUACGUAAAAUUAAGCUUCAUCAUGGGUUUAACAUGGAUGCUCGGAUUCCUUUAUACGUUUACGAAGAUUGACGAAUUUUCUCUACUAUUUUGCAUUUUAAACUCUUUUGUCGGUUUACUCAUUUCUUUGUCAUUUCUCUUAACAAAGAUCGUCUGCCGAACUUUUCAACGUAUGUCUCUUGAAAUACGAAAAUAUGUCGAUUUCUCAAACUCUGAUAUUUCAAUGAUUCCUAAAACAAUCUCGACAAAUAACCUACAUGAAACAUCACUACAAUAAUUGAUAUUUCUCCGGAAAUAUUCUAAACAACAUACAUUCUACCACAAUAUAUAACCUGUAGUAGGGCUGCAUUCUUUAAACUAUAUUGUAAAAGACUCUAACGUCGCACCACUUGCUGCAUUGUAUAUCACACUUCUUUACGUUUAUAAUGAGACAAUGAUAUGCAUAAACGUUAAGAUUUAUAAUAAAAUAAAAAUUGUGAUGACGUUACUCAUAGCCUUCAACGGGCUUUCAUAUUAGAAAUUCAAACAGUGUU